AUUUAAUUUUAUUUGGUUGGGCCCAGUGUUCACUAUGGAAAAUAUUGACUCAUGAAGCCCAACAAGAAGUAGGCCCAUAUCAAAAGAAACCAACGAAGAAGGGGCGUGGGUGGCAAAUCCGAAAACCAAGGAGAAAUCAUCAUAUGGAGAACCGAGCCGGCGGUGGAAGCCACUGGUGGUGGGCACUGGCGAGCACGGCCCAGUUGGCGUGGGGAAUCAACUCUUACAGAAAAGGUUACGCCGGCGAUUCUCGGCUGAUGCCUUUCAAGGCGUUCGCCGUCGCCUCUCUCUUCGUUGGCGCCGCCGCCUCUGCCUCCGUCAGCAUCCUCAGUUUCUCCGGCAUUCACAGAGUGGAAGACGUUAUGGUAGUGGGUGCUAACAUAAGGACUAGACUUGGGAUUCCUCGAAGGGCGGGUGAUGAAUAAGCAAAACUCGUAUUUGAGAGAUCAUUCUUCUGAUUCAGUAGUGUUCUUGUCAGUAUAUAUUUGGGAGGAUCCAUUUACCAUCUUCACUGAUGGGUUCUGCCACAGAGGAUGUUCCAAUCUGCUCAAGAUUAUAGAUAGCACAUCCUGAAAGCUUCCAGUGGAUCUGUGUCCAAAAUCAUGUGGGGUGCUGUUUCCAGUUAUAUAUAACUCUGUUUUGUCUGCAUAUUGUUUGAAUGUGGUCAUAUAUUUUUUAGGCUUUGGAGUUUUGGAGGUUGAGUUUGAACAUUUAGAGCGCAGAAUUUCAUUUCUGGGAGCUCAUGGCUUUACAUCAUGCUUCUUUGUUCACAUGUUGCAAUUGAAAUGGCAAGCAAAUGCUACUAUUUUUAUA